AGGACUACAGGUAGACGCGAAUACAGUGCCCUGUGGGAGCUGCUGAGGACGUCUUGACAGAGAAUACGAGCACGUUUCUUCCAGUUAGCGCUGUAAAAGACUGGGAUAAAUUGUUCCUUGGGUAUGUCCAUUAGUCGGCAAAACUGGUCAGCUUUGUCCAGCUUUAUUAUGUGUAUUUAGGCUGGCCCAGCAAUGGACAAUGGAAGAUGAAGAGGAAGUUGAGAGAGAGCGGAGAAGGAAAACAAAGAGCUCCGUCAGUGAUGUGGACACAGACAUUUUCAGUGAUGACACUGAACUACAGAACACUAGUGAUAGUUUAGUUCCUGAAGGUGGUGACUCUGGCAGAGUGUUGGAGCAGCUACAGAUGGACUUUGUGGAGAUGCUACGCAUGCGAGAUGAACGCAGGAGGAGGAGACACGUAGAGACACUGAGUAGGCAAAAGCAAGAGGAAGAAGGUGGAGGUGAGGUCGUGGGAGAGGAAAACAGUGCAGGAGAGGCAUGGGUGGAGGUACUGGGAGACACUGAAAAUGAUGACAUGAAAAUGAGCAAGCAGACCCUUGUCUCCUCCCCAACACUGUCUUCCAUCCUCACUCACAGCCCAGUCUCAGAGGGAGACAAGCAGACAGAAAAUGGGAGCACAAAGGCUGAUUAUCAUGCAACCACAUUCACACCUCCCGAGUCAUCGCAAACAUUUGUAAGCUCUGUCUCCAUCUCUUUUGACAAGAAUGUUGCCAAGACAAGAGUGACAUCUCCUUUCAGCAGUAGGUCUGCAUCCUCUCAGGAACAUCAAAAUGGGUCAGCAGGCAGCUUUGAACCUACAAACAAACCUUCAUUUACAAGACAGAGCUCCAGGACCAUGUCCUUCAGGAUGUUGAAGAAAAAAGAGGAGGAAAGCAUGCCAUUUCAGAGGAGUGCGAGUAUGCGGAUCACAGCAAAGAAAUUUGAACCCGACCUGAAAUGUAAGGAAGAGGAGGAGCAGAAGUCCUCAUUUCAGAGAAGCUCCAGGCAAAGACUGUCCUCCCGUAGUAUUCAGGAAAAGAUGGAAAGACUCGCCCAGGCCUCACAGAAAUGGGAGGCUAUUAAAUCGCCCACCCUUGUUCAUAAGACACUGUUUUUGGUGGAUGAGGUGUCCAGAAAGAGAGAGCUGUUUGAGAAGGAACAGGCAACAUCAGAAAGUAACCCUGCCCCCAACAAACAGGACUAUCGCACACUAUCUGCUGGGAUUUCAGACCGAAUCAAUUGCUGGGUUCAGAAGAAAACACUUCAAAAUCUGUCUUCACUUACUCCAACUGACCUGAGACAUGUGGACAUCUCCAGCAAGAAGAUGCUGUUUGAGAAAAGACUAGAGGAUGGCCAUCUUAAGUGAGGGUUUUACUGCCUAAUUUAUUGGAGGACAGAUUUUGGAGGACGGAUUAUCAGCUUUCCCUGAAAGACAGCUCUCUGAAUUGUAAUUUUUUUUCUUUCUUUACAUUUCUUGCUCAUAGUUCUUAAGCAUCUUUUCAACAGUUACAAAGAUUUUGGAUGACUGAUUAUCAGCUUUCCCUGAAAUUGUAUUUUUUUUCUUUCAUUACAUUUCUCUCGCAUAGUUCUUAAGCAUCUUUUCUGAGAAGUUGUAAACUCAAAGCAUAUAUUAUUUCAGGGUAAACAUAAUGUGUACUGACUGCAAGAUUAAAGAAAGCUUUUGUGGAUCUCA